AAGGGGAUGUUAGAAAUUAGCAGGUCAUCUUUAAACAAUAUAAAAGCAGCCAGAGAGAUCAUAUCAGUCAGAGUUUAGGCGACUGAGCGAAGUUGAAUCAACUUGGAAGAUGAAGUCUACCAUUUUGCUGUUUGUUUCUAUGUUCUGUCGCCUGAUUUUGGCCCAAGAUGAUACUCCUGAAAUAGAAAAAACUAGUGGAACACAGUCAUAUGACACGUGUGAUCUCCUGAAAGAGUUUGGUGCCCUGAGAGAAAAACUGGGAGUUAUGGAAACCAGGCUGAAGGACAGUGAAAACCAGAUUCUUGAACUGAAGAAAAAAGAAACAACUAAGGUAGCAUUCAGUGCAGCAAUAGGUGGGAGUGGAAAACACAUUGGACCCUUCAACACAGACACAACUUUAAUCUACAAAACGGUGAUAACAAACAUUGGCAAUGCCUACAAUGAACAUACUGGUAUCUUUGGAGCGCCCGUUACAGGCAUUUACUACUUCACCUUUCAUUAUCAUGCUGGAGGAGGACACCCAGUGAGUCUAGUCCUCAUCAAGAACAGCCAGAGUGUUGUGACGGCCUAUGACCACCAAACACUGAAUGACGGGGCUGAUAACGGAGGCAACGCAGUGUUCGUGCAGCUGCAGCAAGGGGACCAGGUGUUUGUACGCUUAGGUGCAAAUACAAAUGUGUGGGGAAACAAUGAAAUCACCACCUUCAGCGGUUUUUUGGUCAAUAAGGAUUGAGAAACAGUGAAUAUGAUUCAUUUGUCAUUAUGAUCAAAAUGUUAAAUGGCUUAACAGAUCUGAAAUCAUAGAUAUCGUUCUUUUUUUCUUCGUAAUUUUGUAUCUGUCUGAAAUGAUCUGAGUAUUUAAAAUGUAUGUUCAUUUUAACUCAUUCCAAUUAUCACAAGUAAACUGUACCUAACUGCACUCUAUACAGCAGAUAAAAAAAUGCACUUAUUGUACAUUUUGUAUGUUGUGAAUUUUUCACACACUUUUUAAACUCUCGUCUUUCUAUUGUCCUUGUGAAGACUGUUAAUCCUUUCAGCUUUCAACUUUUUUAAAUUUAAAACUUAAAUGAGAAUGCUAAAGUGGUGUAUACUGUAGGUUUGCUAUGUUUUUAUUAAACCAAUCAAAUGCCUCAAACCUUUUCUUUGAAUUCACAGAAUAUAGAAUUCUAAAACAUGAUAGCUGGUUAAAAGGUUACGUCCAUUGGUUUUCCCUUUUUCUUACGCAAAGGCAAUUUGUAGUCAAUCAAAUAUCUAUACUAUCUCACGCCUCGGAGGGUAACAAGGUGAAGCCGAUCCCACGUGACAUUGGGCAAGAGACGAGUUAUAUCCUGGACAGGACGCCAGUCAAUCACAGGGCUGACACAUAGAGACAGACAACUCUUUUUAUGUGUUUAUGCAGCAUGUCAUGGAUCAUAGUCUGUUUAUGUGCCUGUCAAUAAUCUGCUUUUGUCAGCUAAUAAGGUACUGAUUUCUAAAACAACUCCAGGGUAAUAUGGUUUAGCAAUCUCAAAAACAAGUCAUAAAAUGAGAAAAGGGUUGAAUGAUUUCUGCAACUGUUUCCUAGAAACUAGAGUUCCCGUAAUCAAAUGCCUCAACCCUUUUAUUUGAAUUCACAGAAUAUUGAAUUCUAAAACUUGAUAGCUGGUUGAACAAAUUAUAGAUUUUAGUGGCAUUGCAAAACAACUGCAUAGAAAGAAAAAAACAAAACAAGUAUUAAACAGUUAAAGUGAGAAUUGUAAUGUAAAUAAAACAACAAUGUGUUUCCACCCAUGAUUCAACCCCUUUUGUGUCUAUUGAGGCCCUUGUAAUGAGAACCCUGUGUUGUGCCGAGCCAUUGCAGGAGUUCCACUUCAAGUAUCUCUUUGUGGGCAAGGAUUAGGUUCAUUUGUUUUGCACUUUUCAUACGCAAAGGCAAUUUUUAUGUGUUUAUGCAGCAUGUCAUGGAUCAUAGUCUGUUUAUGUGCCUGUCAAUAAUCUACUGUCGUCAGCUAAUAAGGUACUGAUAUCUAAAACAACCUCCUUCCCUAAAAUGUACCACACCUCCAACCUCUCAGAGAAACAGACACUGACUAAGAGAUUUGGAUAUUAGUUUAUUUUUUUGAUAUAGUCGGAGUUGGUUGUUGCUUCAUGCUAUUACAGCCAAGACAGCUCAGAUAUCUUGCUCCAGAAAUAAUUUACAAGCUGAAAAUAAAGUGAUUAGAAACAUAUUGACACGUGUAGAAUUUGUUUCUAGGAUUGGUUUACAGGAGUUUGAGCGGUACAUUAUGUUGGAAGGAAACUGAUGUUUCCAUUCAAGCCAUUUAUUGUCACUAUAUGCACACAUUUAGAGCAAUAUGAGAUGAUGAGGCUUGACGAUUAUGUUUCUUUUUCAUCAUGCACAACCAUAGGUUUGUCUCUGAAUCACACGGACAGAGGGCCCUCACAUGAUGGUUCAUUUGCUGCCAGAUCAAAGGAAACUGGUGGGACUUAUAGAGUAGACCUGAUUAGGAGGGAGUGAAGUCAGGUGAGAGUGGGUGGAUCCAUGCCAUGGAAGUGGGCAGACGGUUACUGAGUAGUAUGGCUCUAUUCUACAACACUUAUACUUACAGUAUAUAUUUCAUUUGUUUAUCCUUUUUCAUUUAUGUAUCAUGAGGUUUCUGUUACAUCCUGGGACAUUUGGUAUGAAUUUAAAUGGUCAGGGGAAUAACUUUGUAUCAUUGUGGUGAUCUUUUAUUUUACUCUUUUUAAAUUAUAUUUAUGUGUUUUUCUAUGUUACCUUGUGUUUCCCUGUUUUAUAUAAAUCACUUUGAAUU